CUGCGCCGCCCGAAUCACCACCGCGCCAGCCACCACGCGUCACGCGCCCACGCCUCAACCUCCACCCUAGGGCCUCAGCUCCUCAGUGCUUCACCUUUUAAUUAGAACCCUAGUCUCUAUCUUCCUUCAUCCGUCUAAUUCCCUACCGAAAGUCGAGUCGUUUCACCACACUUAAGAUGGAAGCUGCAAAACCCAACAUUUUGGUACCUGCCCUUUGAAAUCUGGUCAUUUCCCAACUGAUGCCCGAAGUUCCAGCUAGUGCAUCCCUUGCUGACCCAGAUUGCUCUGUGGAAAAAAUGUCGAAUCUGUACAGGAAGCUUUAUGAUAAGUACACCAAGCUCAAGAAUAGGAAACUGCUUGAGUUUGAUGAGCUGAAUAAAGAACAAGAAGUUAAAUUUAUGAAAUUUUUGUCUGCUGCAGAAGAGUUGAUAGAGGACUUGAAGAAUGAAAAUGUCCAGCUGCAUGACCAACUCAAUGAAUUGAGAAGUGAGGUGUCUUCAGUUAGGCUUGCCAAACUCAAAGAAGUGGCUGAUUAUCAAAAUCUUUUCCUGGAGGAAAAAAAGAAAAAUGAAGCUCUUACUGAAGAAGUUGAGAAGUUGCUACAACAACAGCAGGAACGAACUUCUCGUGUUUUAAGUAACAGUAAGGUCAUGAUUGAAAAUGGCCAGCUGAAGGCUAUCUCCGAUAGUUCAGAGAGAUCAUCUACAAGAAUGACAAGAAAACGUAGUUGGCAGGCUGCAUUGGAAAAUGAAACAAGUUUUAUAUCUGCCGAGAACAGGGAAGAUGACUCUGUCGUGAGAAUGUCAAUGCAAAACGUGCACAAGGAGAUGGCAUCUGGUAAGAAGCAGCUGCUGGAGUCCUGUACUACUGUUAAUGAUAAAUUAGGAGUUGCUUCUGUGCAAAGUGAUAAUUGUAAUUGGCUUAUUCAAGAGCUUUUCGAACAUGCACUGGGCAUGAAAUUAUCUGCUGACUAUCAAACUGGAACACUAAGCCUUUCUGCACUGCAUCAAUCUAGCGGCUAUUCCUUCACUUUAACCUGGAUUAGCAAAGCACCUGAAGAGGAAGCAGAAUUGCUAUACCAUGUUCUUUCCUUAGGCACAUUUGAAAGAGUGGCUCCAGAAUGGAUGAGGGAGGACAUCAUCUUCAGCCCAACCAUGUGUUCCAUCUUCUUUGAAAGGGUGUCUCAUGUUAUCAAGUUGCACCACUGACUUUGAAUAUAAAGGCAAGGGAAAAAAAAAAGAGUAAAAAUCCACUGACUUUUAUUUUAGAUGCUUUGAUUUGGUUGGUUUCCGCUUCAUCUUAAUGGAGUUUGUAAUAUAGUAAGAGUUACAGAGCAAUCAUUAGUUGUAAAAAUGAAUAUUAAACUUCUAAUCCUGAUUUAUCAUCA